UCGCUCGCUCUCUCUCUCUCUCUCUCUCCACUCGCAGUCUGUGCACUCUCACAGUCCCCACCCCCUAGCCUCAACUAUAUGAUUUCGCUUCCGUAGAAGGAAAACACUCGCUCUUCUCUGAAUUCUGUUUCUUCUUUGCUUCAACCAUUCUCUUAUGUUAUCUCCAAAUUAAUAACGAGAAAGAUUGCGAAAUGUCUGAUGGGUCUUUGAACAACGAGCUCUCCAGAAAAACCUCAAUCUUCGGUCUCCGCUUGUGGGUCGUUCUCGGUAUAUGCUUUGGCGCUGCAAUUGUUCUUGUUCUCUUCCUAAUCUCUCUCUGGUUCACCUCAAGACGCAACAACAACAAGAACAAGAACAAUUCGACCCUUAAAAAAUCCUCUUCUCACAAACCCACAAUCCCAAACGUCUCGAGAGAGAUCCAAGAGAUCCGAAUUGACCCAUCUCGUGCUCAAACUCACACCCACAAUCACAAUCACAAUCACAAUCAAGACAACCUUAAGCUCCUUCCAGCUCCAAUUUCCGACCCAUUACCAGAAUCCGACCCAUUAGGCAGAGAGGAUGAUAACCCAAUUGGGCACCAGAGGAUCCACAUUGAGAUUGGAAAGGGUCAUCGGAUUUCAUACCCGGAGCGAGGCGGUGGCGGUAGCGGUGGCGGCGGUGGGUCGUCGCAUGGCAGUGGAGAGGCUCGGUCUGGUGAUCAGCUGGCCAUAGUUGUGCCUGAGGUUUCGCAUUUGGGUUGGGGACAUUGGUAUACUCUCAGAGAGCUUGAGGAGUCAACAAAUGGGUUUGCUCAUGAGAAUGUGAUUGGGGAAGGUGGGUAUGGGAUUGUUUACAGGGGUGUGUUGGAGGAUAACACUAAUGUGGCUGUCAAGAAUUUGCUCAAUAACAGGGGACAAGCUGAGAAGGAGUUUAAAGUUGAAGUCGAAGCAAUCGGACGUGUUCGGCAUAAGAAUUUGGUGAGGUUGCUGGGUUACUGUGCUGAAGGUGCUCAUAGGAUGCUUGUUUAUGAGUAUGUGGACAAUGGCAACUUAGAGCAGUGGAUUCAUGGAGAUGUAGGGCCUAGUAGCCCUCUUACAUGGGAUAUUCGAAUGAACAUUGUACUUGGAACGGCGAAAGGGUUGACUUAUCUUCAUGAGGGGCUUGAGCCCAAGGUUGUUCACCGUGAUAUCAAGUCAAGCAACAUUUUGCUUGACAAGCAGUGGAACGCAAAAGUAUCUGACUUUGGUUUAGCCAAGCUCUUGGGCUCGGAGAGGAAUUAUGUGACGACUCGAGUCAUGGGAACAUUUGGUUAUGUUGCUCCAGAAUAUGCUAGUACUGGAAUGUUGAAUGAGAGAAGUGACGUGUAUAGUUUUGGAAUUCUUCUCAUGGAGAUAAUUUCUGGGAGGAGCCCGGUCGAUUACAGCCGUCCUCCAGGGGAGGUGAACCUAGUCGAGUGGCUUAAAACAAUGGUUACCAAUAGGAAUGCGGAGGGAGUUUUGGAUCCUAAAAUACCUGAGAAGCCUUCUUCAAGGGCAUUGAAGCGUGCACUUUUAGUAGCGUUACGCUGUGUAGACCCAAAUGCUCAGAAGAGGCCAAAGAUGGGUCAUGUGAUACACAUGCUUGAAGCUGAUGAUUUUCCCUUCAGAGAUGACCGUAGAGCUGGAAGAGAACAUGGACGCCCACAUCGUGACAGUAUAAAGGAGAGGUUGAUGGAGAAGUGUGUGAUUGAAUCAGGUGACAGUAGUGGUUAUGAGAGUGCUGUCCAAGCCAACAGGUCACUUUGGAGAAGGCAAGAACCUGAAGAAGAGCAGUAACCUCAACACACCUCCGUGUGUUAGCAUUGAGAGUUAAGACUCACUUGUCUGAGUUCCUUUACAUCCAGAGCUGUCCUAGUUUGGAUUUUUAUUCACUUCACAUGUAUAUGCUAGUUAUAUCAAUGACUCUUGUAGACUUUUUAGCUAUUUUUGCGUUGAUUCAGUUUUGGAUACAGUGAUAAUGAUUCAGUUUUAUGGGCAAGCCAGUUUUCUUUGUGUCUGAAGACUGAUUGUUGUUUGUUACCUAAUGUUGAUAUUUUUGUUCACUUCUUAAA